AGUUUAUUUCUGGUUUUUGCCAAAGUGACAGAGUGUCGAGGGAUCUUGGACAAUAAUCAGCGAUUUUCUUCAUUACCAACAUACCUACGUGUCAGUUAUCGGAUAUUCAGUGCUGAGACAUCCUUCUUUCUCAAAGAAGCCAACCAGGACUUUAUGAGAAAUUCCAGUUUGCAGUCCAGGGUGGAAUCGUUCUUCCCAUAUAAGGCCAAGAGACCACCAAUAUUAAAUGCCAGCUAUGGACCUUUUUCUGUUGAGCAAGUUGUGCCCCAGGACCUAAUGUUAACUUCUGACUUUUUUGGAUCUGCCAACAAGUUUACUUACAACUGGAAACUUAAGGCCUACAUAAUGAGUGACAAAAUUUACCCAAGCAAGCCCAAAGUCCAGGUCCUGUUCUACAUUGUGGGAAGGGACUGGGAUGACUAUAGCACCACGGAACGGCUGCCCUGCCUGCGGGUGUUUGCCUUCCGAGAGACACGGGAAGUCAGAGGCAGCUGUAGGCUGAAAGGGGAUCUGGGGUUGUGUGUGGCAGAGCUGGAGCUCCUGCCAAGCUGGUUUAACCCCCCCACGUUUGUUGCUGGCCGUAAGAAACCAAUGGAUCAGUCUGAAGGGAGCCCUGUGGAGCUUUACUAUACCAUCCAACCAGGAGACGAGAAGGGAGAGUGUACCGCUGAGGAUGUAAGGAAGGGAAAUGCUAUCCGGCCAGGAAAAGAUGGCAUGGAUGAAACCAUGUCCCACUUACAGAGGAUUGGAUCUGUCAGCCUCUAUCGAGGCCAGGAGACUUCUCAGCUAACGGAGCUACGGCUGGAUAGUAAUGUUGUUGUCUGGUUGCCCUCAAAGCCUGUCAAACAAGGAGAGGUUGUGAAUGUUUAUGUGACAAUUGCCAACAAUUCUACGGUGGAUCAGUUCAUACUCAGGGCAAAGGUGAAGAAAGGGGUAAACAUUCUAAGUGCAAAGACAAGUGACCCCCAGCAGUGGGACGUGAAACAAGAGGUGGGGAAUGGUGGAAAGCAUUCGACCACAACAGUUAUUUGUCAGAGGAUAGCACCAAGUUCAAGGAACAGAAGUAACAGUUUAUUCAAUGAGGUCGUGCAGAUGAACUUUGAAAUAGCCAGUUUCAGCAGCCUUUCUGGGACGCAGCCCAUCACCUGGCAGGUCGAAUACCCUCGGAAGGGGACAACAGACAUAACCUUGUCUGAAAUCUUCAUCUGCCAGAAGGAUCUUGUUGGAAUUGUUCCAUUGGCAAUGGACACAGAAAUCCUGAACACCGCAAUUCUUACAGGAAAAACAGUGGCAGUGCCCAUCAAAGUGGUCUCCAUUGAGGAGAACAGUGCUGUGACAGACAUCUCUGAAUCAGUUGAGUGCAAAUCCUCUGAUGAAGACGUCAUUAAAGUUUCUGACAGAUGUGACUAUGUUUUUGUCAAUGGCAAAGAAAUGAAAGGCAAGGUGAAUGCGCUUGUGAACUUCACGUAUCAGUAUCUGAGUGCUCCUCUGCAAAUCACAGUCUGGGUUCCACGCCUGCCUCUUCAGAUCGACAUUUCGGACACAGAACUGAGCCAAAUAAAAGGCUGGCGAGUCCCAGUUGUUUCCAACAAAAGACCCACCAGAGACAGCGAUGAUGAGGAUGAAGAUGAGCGGAAAGGAAGAGGGUGCACUCUGCAGUACCAGCAUGCCAUGGUGCGAGUCCUCACACAGUUUGUAGCUGAGGAUUCUAGCCCGUGGGGUCAGCUGAGCUACCUGCUGGGCUCAGAUUGGCAGUUUGACAUUACAGACCUGGUGAUGGAUUUUAUGAAACUGGAGGAUCCUCACAUUGCCAAGCUGCAGGAAGGCAGGAUUUUGAUCGGACGGGAAGUAGGAAUGACAACGAUGCAGGUUUUGUCUCCUCUGUCUGACUCCAUCCUGGCAGAGAAGACAGUGACUGUGCUAGAUGACAAAGUGACCAUAACAGACCUUGGAGUCCAGCUGGUGGCUGGGCUUUCACUCUUUCUUCAGCCAAGUGCCGCAAGUAGUCGGGCUAUUGUGGCUACAACCGUUGCCCAGGAGCUGCUUCAUACUCCUAAGCAGGAAGCUGUAGUAAGCACCUGGAUUCAGUUCAGCGACAGCUCUGUUACUCCGCUGGACAUUUAUGACUCUAAGGACUUCUCCCUUUCUGCUGUAUCAUUAGAUGAAGCUGUUGUCUCGAUCCACCAGAACACUGCCUUAGAAUGGCCAGUUGUGGCAGCAGAAGGUGAAGGUCAGGGUGCAUUAAUCAAGGUGGACAUGAUGAUUUCUGAAGCCUGCCAAAAGUCCAAGAGGAAAAGUGUCCUGGCUGUGGGGAAUGGCAACAUCAAAGUCAAAUUCGGCCAGAAUGAUGCAGACUCCGAUACGGGUGGAGAUUAUGAUGCUGAUGAGAUUGAAAACCAUGCUAGUGACCGGCGGCACAAAGUGUCAGAUCAGGAACGGUAUGGCCAGGAUGGACGAUAUUAUGGUAGCUCUUCAGCAGAGCGAGAGGAAGGCGCUAUCAGGAAAGUCAGCACCACAGCAAAAUCCGUAAUAAAAAAUAAAGUAAUUAAAAACAGCAGGCUGGAUGGUGGCAAACUCUCAGAUGAUAGCCAGCUGCAAAACAUUCCUAUAGACUUCACCAACUUCCCUGCUCAAGUAGACCUCCCAAAAGGCAAUGUGGGCGUGGAGGAAAAUGACCUGGUGCAGACACCUAGGGGCCUUAGCGAUUUGGAGAUUGGGAUGUAUGCUCUGCUAGGGGUCUUCUGCCUGGCAAUUCUAGUCUUCCUAAUAAACUGUGCAACAUUUGCACUGAAGUACCGUCAUAAGCAGGUUCUGGUGGAAGGACAGGCCACAAUGACCCAUUCCCAUGACUGGGUCUGGCUGGGAAAUGAAGCAGAACUGCUGGAGAACACAGCAGAUACAUCACCUCAGCAGGAUGAGCACACAACUAUUAUCGACCGAGGCUCGGGUUGUGAGGAGAGCAACCAGCUUCUCAAUGGCAGUGCUCAGAAGAACAUUCAGAGCCAGGUUCACAGGUGUGCUGACUCAGGGGGAAAGCUUGGAAAGGAACAGAAAUCUGAACCUUUACAUUCUCCAACAUCUAAACGGAAGCGGGUAAAAUUCACGACAUUCACUACCAUCCCACCUGACGAUGGUUGUCCUACUGUCAACUCAAUCCUAAGUAGCAAUGAUGAUGACAUUAAGUGGGUGUGCCAGGAUAUGGACCUGGAGGACUCCAAAGAGAUACAAAACUACAUGGAGAAGUUCAAAGACAAAGUGUAG